GAAGAAGAAAGACUUAAUUGGCAAGAGCAAAGAAAACCCCUUUUUCACCUGGAUACAGAACAAUUUUAAGCAAAUCUCAGCACAGAAAAAACAGGAGAAGCUAGUGGCAGGGGACUGCUAGGUAGGACUCAGGGAAGUAUAGGCUUAGUCCCACUGCCAUAGACACAGCUUCCAUGCCCGCYGUGAUUUUUCCCUGUGGGGCACAGUGUGGAAGCAGGGUGGGCCAGAUGGAUGCACCCACGACGUGGUACGACUAGGUGUCGCUCCAGAGAAUCUUUCCACGCAGUGGAUCCCACGGAGCACAACUUGCAAGAAAAGCCAGUGGGAGUGGGAGACGCUUGAACUGAGGCUGUCAGGAGAAGAGCUCAUCAGAGGGAAAAGCUAUCACUGAGACCCUUCUUUAGCCCAUGUCAGUCACCUGAUAUAGUAGUUACUAUCCAUGGGGGACACUCCUCUCCAUUUCUGCAAUCCUUUCCAAUCCUGCUAAUGUCCCAGAAAAUACUGGUGAAGAACUAAGCCCAGAGCGGCAACGUGGGAUACAGAGAAUAACAGCCUUCCACAGCAACGCUGCUGCUGAUUAAAACCAUUAGCUUCAUCAAAUUACACCAAGACUGAGGAUUUCUUCUCCAAAGAAAGACAGGGACAAGCAAUGAUGAAGACCGUGUCCAAUGGAAACUGCACCCUGAAUGUGCCAGCCAAGAACUCAUACCGCAUGGUAGUCCUGGGAGCCUCCCGAGUAGGCAAGAGCUCCAUCGUCUCACGCUUUCUAAAUGGCCGCUUUGACGACCAGUACACUCCCACCAUUGAGGAUUUUCACCGCAAGGUCUACAACAUUCGGGGAGACAUGUAUCAGCUGGACAUCCUGGACACAUCUGGGAAUCACCCUUUUCCUGCUAUGCGGAGGCUUUCUAUCCUGACAGGGGAUGUCUUUAUUCUUGUGUUCAGCUUGGACAACAGAGAAUCCUUUGAUGAGGUCAAGAGACUCCAGAAACAGAUCCUUGAGGUCAAAUCCUGCCUGAAGAACAAGACUAAGGAAUCAGCUGACCUUCCCAUGGUGAUCUGUGGCAACAAGAAUGACCAUGGUGAAAUCUGCCGCAAGGUGCGUUCAGAUGAAGGUGAGAACCUCGUCUCCAGCGAUGAAAAUUGUGCUUACUUUGAAGUUUCAGCCAAGAAGAACACCAACGUGGAUGAGAUGUUCUACGUUCUCUUCAGCAUGGCCAAGCUACCUCAUGAAAUGAGCCCUGCCCUCCACAGAAAAAUCUCUAUCCAGUAUGGCGAAACCUUUCAACAGAAAUCCUUCCGAAUGCGUCGAGUCAAGGAGAUGGACGCCUAUGGCAUGAUCUCUCCCUUUGCUCGACGGCCAAGUGUUAACAGUGAUCUGAAGUACAUCAAAUCAAAAGUUCUCAGGGAAGGUCAAUCAAGGGAGAGGGAGAAAUGCACUAUCCAGUGAAGGCGACUAGCCAUUCUCUCUGAAGGAUGUGUCGUCCACAUGUAGUGCCUUAAAGAAAAAACGUCUGUAGAAGCCCAGAAUGGGCUCAGUGGGUUCCUCCCAUCAUGAAAGCUCAGCACAGCAAAGGAUAACUCUUCCUGAGGAUUCUGCUGAAUCAUGAACAUAAAUAAUAUUAUUAUUGUAAAUGACUGGGAAAAAUCACAUGCCUAAUAUGUGACUGCAUUUCUUCAUCUUUUAAUGUAGUUCUUCUUCAUUGCUCUUUAUGUCUAAAGAACACAGACUUGAGAAGUAAAUAAAUUUCAACCUCAUCCCUACARAGAAAGUAGGUCAAUAAUGCACAGAAGGCAUUAACAGCUACCCCAGUGUCAGCUUUUUCUGAGAGAGAAGGAUGUGUGUAUGUGUGUGUAUGUAUUUGCAUGCAUGCGUUGUGUGUAGCACUCUUCUGAAAAAAAAAAAGGGAUUUACAUUUCUAAAGACAAUGCUACUGAGGUUUCCUGGAUUGGGAGUGGACUCUGUGAACAAAAAUAUAACUCUAAAUGACUUCUGGUGCAACCUGCAUUCAGAAUGUUUUUAUUUUAUGUUUGCUGGGACAGCUGUAAUUUGACAUUGACAAGAAUGUUGCUUUGUAUUAUUGAUUUUUUUCUGUUUGCUUUUUGUUUUUGUUUUUUGUUUUUUAUUGUCUGGGAAUGGUUUCAUUGCAAAACUAGGUGGCAAAUGUGUUUGAGAUGAAAAGUGUAUAAUUUUUAGAAGUAAAAGGUGUGUGUCAGCUGUAAAUCUAAAUGAUGUACAUUGAUUGAAUGUGAAAUUAUACUGUAAGAAAACAAUACAUUUGACUGCUUUGCAAGCCUGUUGCAAUAUUUUUUCUCACAGCAGCUGAAUACAGAACACUGUUCACAGCUUUGAACACUGUACUACAAAUGCCACCAUAUACCUUGCUGGCCACUGGAGGAAUAGUUCCUUUUGUCUGCCCCUGCAAGCUGGGGCUGACCAGCUUCAUGUGUUGACCUAGACCAUUUCAGAGACAYGGUUGAGUUUUCCUUCAAAAUUAAGAACUGAAUGGAUGUGGCAGUUGAUCUAGGACCAGUUCCA